AUUAAUCGGCCCGAGCCGCCCGUGUAAUCGUUUUAAGCGUCGUUCCGUUCCUUGCAAUUUGCAAAAAAAAAGUCUGGGAAAGUUAAGUAAAAAUAUGCCACUUCCGAGUGCCAACUUGUGAGGACCCCGUUGAGCAGAUAUUAAUAAACGUAAAGCGAGUGGUUUUUCCACAGCCGGCGUGUUUCCGUUGGCCGCAAAUCGGGAGAAAAAAAACAUAUUUUUUCCCCCUUGUGUACGUGUGUGUGUGUGCCGUGUGUCUCUCGUGCGUGUGCGUGUGUAUUAGAGCGCGUGUGUGUAUGUGAAGAAAACGCCGCACACUGCGAACAUUUUCCUUUCCCCAACGGACGAGAAUAACCGCUAAAAUUGUGGAAAAACAGGAGAAAACCCCGAAGCGGAAGAAGAAGACUGCAGCCAGUAAAAUGUCUGCAGUUUAUUCGCCGCAACCGCCGCAGCAGCAGCAGCCGCAACAGCAGCAGCAACUGCAGCAGCAGCAGCAGCCUCCCCCGCCACAACAGCAACAACAGCAGCAGCAACAACAACCGCCACCGAAUUCGGUGGCAAAUCAACAGCCUCCAGGUUCUGGAGUUGGUCCCGGCGGAGGAGGAGGGGGCGGGGUAGGCGUAGGCGUAGGUGGUGGCAGCAUCCUUCCCAUGGGCAUGCAACAGCAGCAGCAGCAGCAACAACAACAGCAGCGACCGCCGAUGGGCGUGCCAGGAUCACCGGGUAGCAUCAUCUCCGGCGGCGGAGGAAUCGGUGGCGGCCUAAUGGUCACACCACCGUCAACGCCACGCGGUGGCUCCAAUCUGCAAGGCGGCGGUGGUGGUGGCGGUGUCCCGCCGCAGGUAAACUCCGCUCAAAUCCAGAAGAUGCUCGACGAGAACUGCGGCCUCAUCCAGACGAUCCAGGACUUCCAGAGCAUGGGGAAGGCGCAGGAGUGCAUGUCCUACCACGUCGCCCUGCACCGCAAUCUGGUCUACCUCGCCCAGCUGGCCGAUCCCGCCAUGAACAUCUCACAAAUACUGCCGCCGCCACACAUCCUCCAAACGCAGGCGAUGCAGCAGGGCGGCCAGCAGACGCAGCCGACUGGACCGCACGGCAUGCUCGGCGGUCCGCCGCAGCAGCAGCAGCCGGGGCAGGGUCCAGUGCCGGGACAACCGGGGCAGGGACCGCCGCAGAUGGGGAUGCAGCAGCACGGCGGCGAUCCGCAGGGACCGCCGGUCCAGAUGCCGCCCUACGGCGCCCAGCAGCAGCCGCAGCCACAUCCCGGCCUGCCGCCGAACGCCCAACAGCAAUCUCAGCAGCAGCAGCAGCAACAACAACAACAACAGCAGCAGGCUGCCGCAGCGGCAGCAGCAGCGGCGGCGGCCGCCGGACAGCAGCAGGGACCGCAGGUCAGCCAAGCGGGACCGCAGUCGCAGCAGCAACAGCAUCCCGUCUACCGCAACGCCCAGGCGCAGGGACAACCGGGAGCGGGACAGGGACCUGGCCAGGCGGGCCAGUCCGUCAUCAAUCCGAAUGCGGCGCCCAAUCAACAGCGUCCGAACAAUGGACCGCUGCCCGGACCGCAGAAUCCGCAGCAGCAGCAACCGCAGCCGGGCGGCCAGCAGCCGCCGAAUCAGCAGCAGCAGGGCGGUCCCGGCGGACCAGGACAGCCGGGAGCCGGCGGCCCAGGAGGAGUGCCACCGCCGCAGAGUCCGUACCGCGUGAGCUACCAGCAGCAGCAGCAGCAGCACGGCCACUAUCCCGGAUAUCCGCCGCAGCCGCAGACGCAGUACCAGCCGCAGGGCGCCUAUCCCUACGGACCGCCGACCCAGGGCUACGGCCCGCCGCCGCCCGGUCCACCGAACGCCGCCCAGGGUGGCUAUCAUCACGGUCCCGCCGGAGCGGCGGCCGGCGCCACCGGACACGGUGGCUAUCAGCCGAAUGCCGGCGCCGGGCAAAUACCACCGCCGGGUGCCUAUGCACCGCCGCCGGGCAGCCAGCAGGUGGUGCCGCCGGUGCCGGGACAGCAGCAACCGCCGCCGGGACCACCGCCGCCGGGCCAGAUGUACGGACCGCCGCCGACGGGGGGACCGCAGCAACCGCCGCCGGGUCCGCCGCAAAGUCAAUACGGACCGCCGCCGCCGCAGAACUCGGCGGGCGGACCGCCGCCCAUGGGCUACGCCGGCUAUCCGCCGAAUCCCGGCCAGUACGGUCAGGCGGGAGCGGGCGGAGGACCACCGCCCGGUGGCUAUGGACCGCCACCACCGCCCGCGGGCAGCGGUCAGAGUCCCUACCAAGCGUAUCAGCAGCAGCAGCAGCAACAGGCGGCCGCCGGCGGAGGAGCGGGUGCACCGCCGGGCAGCAGCUAUCCGGGUGGACCGCCCACCAGUGGGGCGGCACCACCGCCACCGCCGGGCGGGGCGUACAGCACCACGGCGCCGAGUCAGACGCCACCGCCGCAAGGACCCGGCGGAGCAGGCGGACCCGGCAAUGCGAAUCCCAACGGACCCAAUGCCCAGCAAUCGACGCCGCCGCCGCAGCAGCAGCAGCAGCAGGGAGGAGCCGGCAGUGGAGCGGGACCUGGACCGGGUGGACCUGGCCAGCAGUACGCCACAGGGCCGCCGCAGCAGCAGCAACAGCCGCCGCCGGGCGUGGUGGUUUCCGGUGUGGCGCCGCUGCCGACGCAAGUGCAGCCCACCUACUCGACGCCGGGCCAGUACAACCAGCAGCCCGGGGCACCGCCGCCUCCGAAUCAACAGCAACAACAGCAGCAGCAACAACAGCAGCAGCAACAGCAACAGGCACCGCCAACGGCUGGCGGUUCGGCCGGCGGAGGAGGAGGAGCACCCAAUGCCCAGGGACAGGGAAGCCAGCAGCAGCAGCAGCCGCCGCCGAACGGAGCCACGCCGCCAAUGCCGCCGAAUCAGUACCAGCCGGCGCCGGGAGCACCGCAGGGUCCGUAUGGCGGACCGCCGCCACCGCAGGCGUACGGACCACCGCCGCCGGGUAGCGCCUAUCCCGGCCACGCCUACCACCAGCCGCCCCAGGCCGGCGGCUAUGCACAGUACCCGCCCACGCAGGGCUACCAGGGCUACAGGCCCGCCGGCGCACAGAUGCCGCCGCCAGGAGCACCGCAGGGCCCGCCGCCCACCGGGGCAUACGGCUACUACGGCCAGCAGCCGCCUCAAUGAGGAAGGGACAGCCUAUUACCGCCGCUGCCGCCGGGCUGUCUGCACAACAAGUAAUCCCCGGACUCUGCGAUUCACCGGCUGAAGUUGGAGUAGAGGGGAUGGAUUCACAGCCGGCGGUGGAGGAUGUGCAGCGGAAGUAAUAGAUCACAAACUAUAGACGAGGACGAAGGAGGAGCGGGAACGGGCAGAGACAAAAUGAAGAUGGAGUUAUGGAGAUAGGGAGUAAGAAGGGAGAAAUCAGAUUCAAAUGAAUCAGCAGGAGGAGGAGGACUACGAUUAGGAGUAAGAAUAGGAGCCGCAAAAGAUGAACUAGGACUAGGAUUACGAUUAGGAGAAAGAGAGGCGUAAGCAUAAGACUAAGGAUAGCAGAAAGUAAGGGAGAAGAGGAUGAGAUGGAGGAUUAAGGAUGAUAGUUCAGGGUUCACAAGUAGAGCGGCAUUUCCUCGAAUUUUUUGUAGAGCCGAGUUAAAGAUGCAAGAGGAUAUACAAACCAGUUGGAUAGGAAGCUCGAAAAUCAGUGGAUCAAUGAAUCCACACAGCAAAGUGAGCCGAAACAUUCUAGAUUGUAGAACACGAAGUGUAGUCCCCGCAAAGGGGAAGCGAUGCAUGUAGGUUUUAGGUAAGCAGAUGAGAAUGCGCAAGCGAACAAGGAACCGUGUCCUGGGCCCCAAGGGAAACCCUGCAAAGUGGAUGGGUCGAUUUCUUAGGAUCACAAGACCACAAAAACCAACUACAAAUUGCAAAAUGCAAACUAAAUGCCCGGGUUCGGGGAUCAAAGUGUCACUUUCCAUGUAAUUUAAAGCGCUGAAAGCGAAUCCCAAACAAAACGUACUUUCUGUUUUUUGAUCCGUCAUAGGAUAAACAUAUUUAUUAUCAAAUCCCGACACUUUUGGCUUUGGGCUGUGUGAUCUGAAAACAAUUAUGCGAAUGAUAUGAAUGAAUGGUCCAUAGGUUACGCCAGCUAACUAGGACUCUUCGAGUUGCUUAAUAUCUCUAGCAGUCGACCCAUCCUAUUACACAUAUAUUUAAUUCUCUCUCUUAAGUAGGUUCCGCUCCUCUUUAAAAACGAUUUACCCAUAGAUAUAUAUAUAUGCUAAAUUGUAAGGGAAAUGACGAUCGAGCAGCAGAAUAGUGCAUGUUUUAACAUAAAUAACCCCCAACUAUUUAAACAAUUUUUUUUAUAUUUUUGUAGAUGUCUGUUUUUAAAGUUCGUCCAUUUUUUGUGUGUAGCAAUUUUACAAUUUUUUAUUAUCCUUGGUCCCCCAUUUUUGCAUUGAAGGAUUGUAAUUUUUAAAGCCCACAUAUAUUUAUACGAUAAGCCUACAUUUACUAUUUAAAGUAAAACGAAAACCAAUAAAUAGCAAGCGGAAAUCAUAAA